CACCCUCUCCAGAGCCCAGCAUGUGUGACGGACUGAUGGAGAAGUAUGUGGCUGCUAUGGUGUUGAGUGCAGCUGGAGAUGCCUUGGGGUUCUGCAAUGGGAAGUGGGAGUUCCUCCGGGAUGGGGAGAAGAUACACCAGCAGUUGGCCCAGCUGGGCGGCUUGGAUGCCCUAGAUGUGGGAAGGUGGAGAGUCAGUGAUGACACAGUGAUGCACUUGGCCACGGCAGAAGCUCUUGUGGAAGCUGGGAAAGCCCCUAAUUUGACUCGACUGUAUUACCUCCUUGCUAAGCAUUACCAAGACUGCAUGGAAGACAUGGAUGGCCGGGCACCAGGUAAUGCCUCGGUGCACAACGCCCUGCAGCUGAAGCCCGACAAGCCCAAUGGCUGGAGGAUUCCCUUCAACAGCCAUGAGGGCGGCUGUGGGGCUGCCAUGCGGGCCAUGUGCAUUGGUCUCAGGUUCCCACACCCCAGCCAGCUGGACACACUGAUCCAAGUGAGCAUUGAGAGCGGUCGGAUGACCCACCACCACCCAACAGGCUACCUGGGGGCCCUUGCAUCUGCUCUUUUUACAGCCUACGCUGUGAAUGGCAGACCACCCUUGCAGUGGGGAAAAGGACUGAUGGAGCUACUACCAGAAGCUAAAAAGUACAUUGUCCAAUCAGGCUACUUUGUAGAGGAAAAUUGUCAACACUGGUCCUACUUCGAAACCAGCUGGGAAAAGUACCUAAAACUUCGAGGGAUUUUGGAUGGAGAAUCAGCCCCUACCUUUCCGGAGCCCUUCGGUGUGAAGGAGAGGGAUCGGUUCUACACCUCUGUGAGCUACUCUGGCUGGGGCGGCAGCAGUGGGCAUGAUGCCCCCAUGAUUGCCUAUGAUGCUCUCCUUGCUGCAGGAGACUCCUGGAAGGAGCUUGCCCACCGAGCCUUUUUCCAUGGUGGAGACAGUGAUUCUACAGCUGCCAUUGCUGGCUGCUGGUGGGGAGUUCUGAAUGGUUUUAAAGGAGUGAGUCCCUCCAACUAUGAGGAACUAGAAUACAGAAACCGGCUGGAAGAGACAGCUAGGGCUUUAUAUUCUCUUCGAUCAAAGGAAGACGCUGUAACUUCCCUUUAGGGAGAUGUGAUGUUUGUUUCUGAUGGAUUCUUCUUUUGUGUAUUUCUUUUUCUGCUAUUUCUUUUCACUUUUUCCAAAGUCAAGAGUCUUAACCUUGUACUCCGGGAAUUUUGAGAUAACAAGUCCCUUGGGCACCUUAAGCUCAGUGUUUUCAGGCUCAUCCCGUUCUAGAAUCUAUCCCUCUUCUUACACCAAAGAGUCUAGCUCAGUUGAUGGGGUCAACGUCUCCCAAGUAAAAAAUCUCAUAACCUCUUAUUUGAGUCUUCAUUUUCAUCAUCUACUUAUUCUAAAAGUUUUUUCUGUUUGUCUCAAAUUAGGUUCACACAAAGCAGACUCUGAGACAAACAUCUGAAUGUAAGCAGUUUAUUUGGGAGAUGAUUCCAGGAAAUACUGGUAGGAGAAUGGGGAAGUGAGACUAGGAAGGGAAGGGAGCUAGUACAAGGUCUGUUAAUGAGCAGGUUUGCACUGUGGGCAGUUGCCACUCUGCCAUCUGAGUCCUAGGCCUAAAGCAGUCCUCAGAGUUGCCCCAUUUGAAGGGCGAGCAAACCUGCGGUAUUUAUUCACUGACCUCCAUCUGCCACUGGUUGAGGACCACUGCCAGGGAUGCUAACUACCUGGUACUUCUUGGCUUGCCCUUUGUACAAGCCAAACCUGAAUGUCUUUGGUAAAAACUCAAGAGAUACUUACAGGGGCAAGCUGUAAGGGGCAUGGGAACAGUGAGGGAUAUAUGUGGAGUCCUAACAAUAUCUGCCAGACUGGUCUACCUCGUAAAUACACUCUAAAUCUAUCACCUCUAUUACUUUCUUGCACUGAGGAUUUUUCAGCUGGAUUUCUGCCAUCCAAGCUGCUCAAGUCUAGGGAGAUGCUGCUCUGAGCUGCUUCUCCAGACUCUCCUCAUCAUGGCAGUUAACACGUUACCAAUUUUAUUACGGUCUAUUUGCUUGUUUGUAUUUUUUCUAGACAGAAGCUAGCACAGUGCUUGGGCAGGCAAUAGGCAUUAAUCAGUAUCUACUGAGUGUUAUGAAAUAGCCUCCUAUCUGGUGCUUCCCUCAUCACCCUCCAGAGUUGUCUUUAUGAAUUACAAACCGACCAUGCUAAACUAAUCAUGGUCUAAUUAUGUUCCAAUGAAUACAUCACCCUUUCUUCAUCUCUUGAUGGUCUUCCCUCUCCUUGUCUACCUGAUAAAUUCUUACUUGUCCUUCAAGACCCAA